CUAAACAAAGGCGAGCGCGUAUCCGCUAUUUUCUUGUUUCUCUGCCGAAUUACAGUCAGAAACCAUCUAUAGGGUUGCUACACGGUUGAAUCCACCCGGAAAACCGAAGAAAACGUCAAUAUUUUGAAAGAAAACCCGAUGGUGUUUUGCCAUGUAAAAGCGCGGACCAAUCACCGGUCAUGCACCGCUGUUCGCGUCCGCUCUCCGACUACUGCGAUGUUGGGAGUCCAUUUUCCGCGACGACGGUGUUUUGUUUUCACGAUCAGCUGUGUCAAACAGCUGAUCCGGUGUAAACCUGAUUUUAUCAGUUACCGUAGCUUUAGUUAUCGUUUUUAAACUUAAGGCUACAGUGUUAUGUAGUCUAAUGUCGAAACUUAAAAAUCGCUUAUUGUUUUCAAACAUAAUCAUCCGUUUCAACAAAAUAUAUUAAAUGCGUCGAUACAGACAAAAGCGUUCAAGGAUAACAGGUCCAGAUAAUCGACCCACUCGAAUUCCGUAUUCCUUAAAAGGGUCAAAAUGGUCAAACCAGUUGAAAGUCAAGAUUAUUUUACCACAAUAUAUAAAAUAAUCAAAGAGCAAGUAACCAUGUCAAAGUUUAAUGGAGUUAAAAUAGUUUCACGAUAUUUUAGCCCCUCAGGCGAGAAGAACUUAAUUUUUAGACAGUUUUUUGAUCAUAUUAGCAGCACAUACACGUAUCUCCUCGGCUGCGCAAAGACAAGAGAAUGUAUUCUCAUAGAUCCGGUAUUGGAACAAGUAAAAAGAGAUUUUCAAGUAACUCAAGACCUCGGUCUUAAAUUGAAAUAUGCUGUGAAUACUCAUAUGCAUGCAGAUCAUGUAACAGGAACUGGUUAUUUAAGAGCUUUGUCAGGCUGUAAAACCAUCAUCUCGAAAACAAGCAGAGCUCAAGCAGACAUACAUGUUGAAGAGAAUGACAGUAUAUGUUUUGGAGAUCACGAAUUAAAGGUGUUAAGCACUCCAGGACAUACUAAUGGGUGUGUAACAUAUUACUUUCCUAGUCAGGGCGUGGCAUUUACUGGGGAUGCUUUGCUUAUUCGAGGCUGCGGCAGAACAGAUUUUCAAGAAGGCGAUCCAAAGAUUUUAUACAAAAGUGUUCACAGUAAAAUAUUUACUUUGCCUGAAUCAACCCUAUUAUUUCCCGCACAUGAUUACAAAGGAAUGAUGUGCACCAGUGUGGAAGAAGAGAAGAAAUUCAAUCCUAGACUUACUAAAAGUGAACAAGAAUUUGUUGAGAUUAUGAACAACUUGAAUUUAGCGUAUCCUCAGCAAAUUGAUCGGGCUUUGCCUGCAAACAGAGUUUGUGGCAUUUAUGACAUUCCUAAUGAAGAGAAGAAAAAUUAGUCUAAAGCCUUAAAAUUCUAUAUUUUAUACUUAUAUGUACAUGAUUUUUUUUAUAUAGAUAUUGCUAAGUCUGAAGUGCUUUAAGAUAAACCUAACGCAUUAAAUAUUUUGAUUCAUUUAGAAUUAACUUUAAACUUUGUAUUAACUAACAAAUAUAUAUCUACAAUUAAGCCAAGGUGUUGUUAGAUUAAUAUUUAAAAUUAUUUUAUAUAUGUAUAUACAUUAUACACAUGUUUUAAUAAAGAAUGUUUAAAAUUA